ACCGAUUUUUUACCAGGGAGUGAUCCAGAUGACGAAGGCACGAAAAUAAGCACGGUGAAGGUCCAGGGGAACGACAUCUCCCACAAACUGCACAUAUCCAAAGUGGGCAAGAGCGAUGAGGGCUUGUAUGAGUGCAGAGUGACGGACGCCAACUACGGCGAGCUGCUGGAGUACAAGGUGCAGGCCUUCCUGCAGGUGAAUAGCAGCUCGCGCCCGCAGAGCCCGGCCGCCAAGAAGACGUCGCCUCUGCACUUGACAGACAAAAAGCCGCGGAGAAGCGGCGCGGGGGGGGCACAGGAGAGCUCUCAGCAUCAGCGCCCCCCUUCCACCUCCAGGUCUCAGGUGAAAGCACAGCCACGCAACCCCAGCGCAGGUUCGAGGACAGCUACAGGCUACGGAGGCGCCAUCCUGCUCUUUGUCUGUGGCUUUGUGAAGGGCGCCCUGCUAUAGCUGAAGCGACUUUCUGUAAGGCUUUUUUCAAAGGACUGCACAGCGCUCCCUGCCUCUCACUCUCCGGAUGUCCAAACAGCACAGUGAACCAGAGGCAGGAGGACUUGGACUGACAGCGUAAAUCCUCCAUGUGUCGAGGGAGGGGUCAGCUGCAGGCGUUUCCCUUUGUGAUGCACAUGGUCCCUUUGGUUUUUAUUCCCAGAUGUAUCACUUUUUUCUGUGUGUAUGUGUGUUAAUAUGUGAAGUUUUCCGGAAGUCCGUAAUUGUGUAAUAGGUAAUUAACGGUUUGGUUUCACGGACAUCAGGGACACUGUAUUUCUCUCUCAUUAGAUGACCAUUACAAGCAAAGACCCCAUUGUUGGUUUCACAAAAGAGAACACUGUAUGUAUCGUAAUUGAAAAUGUUUGAUUGCUAAAUAAGUUCAGCUUUACUGUGGGGGCCAUUGAUUCUACGUAUCGCCACCUUUUUUAUUUGUCCACGCAGGUACAUUCUGUGUUUAUUAAUCAUUUCAACGUGCUUGGUUUGGGCAAUCUCCUGACAAAAUAAAUGUGGACUGUUUCUGUUUUAA